AGAUAAAAUGUUAAACUGAAAUGUGCGGAAUUUAUUUCUAUAUUGGGGACGGGUCUACUCGAGAGGAUUAUCGGAUAUUUGAAGCUAAAUGUAUUUGCAUGAUAAAAAGGCGUGGUCCGGACAAGCAGUCUUUCCUUGACCUGGAUAAGGUUCGGGUUUACAGCUCAGUGCUCUGGCUCCAGGGGGAGGAUGUUGUUGAGCAGCCUAAAUCCACGGAGGAUCAUCUUCUAAUGUGGAACGGAGAUGUUUUUAAAUAUGAUGAUACACAACUAGCUUCAGGUUCAUCAGAUACUGAUUUUAUCUUCUCCAAGUUAAGUGAAUGUAGGACGGAUAAUGAAGUGAUAAAUGUAUUUCAAAGUAUUCAGGGACCUUGGGCCUGUGUAUUCUGGGACAAAAAGAAAAAUAUUCUUUGGUUCGGACGAGAUUUUUUCGGACGCCAAAGCUUGUUAAUUCAUCAGAGUAAGAUUGGUUUAAUCUUAAGUUCUGUUACUCCGACGGAUGAAACCUUUAAAUUUAACGAGGUUCGAGCAGACGGGAUUUAUAAACUCAACCUGCAUCAUCCAACUGAUAAACCUGUUCUUUUCCCUUGGGAUUGCUUACCUCAGGACGGUUACGAACCGGAGCUAACAGGGUUCAGUUUAUCCUGUCCAGUUCGACUGAUCAGUAACAACCCGGAGAAGGUCAACUUGAAUCCAACCUUAGAUCCUGAACUGGUUCUAGAGACUCUACUCUUGAACCCUGUGAUUGAUAUUAUUGUAUCUGAGUUGCUUCAUCAACUGAUGGAGGCUGUAAGAAUAAGAAUAGAACUGCAGCCGGGGAGAUGCAAGGACUGUAUUCAGUUUGCGGAGAAAUGUGACCAUCCUUGUGUUGGAGUUCUAUUCUCUGGUGGGUUGGAUUCAGCCGUCCUAGCUUUACUUGCAGCAACUAUUCUUAAACAGGAGAAUAGGAGUCUGGAUUUGCUGAACGUUGCUUUUGGAGGUACGGAGAGUUGUUUCCAGGUUCCGGAUAGAAGCACAGGAUUACAGGCUCUCCAGGAGAUGAGAGAGAAUCUGCCCGGGUUUAGUUUCCGUUUAGUUGAAAUCAAUAUAGAUAAAACUGAACUUCAACGAGUGAGGAAGGAAACCAUAUUGGAUUUGUUGAAUCCUCUCAACACUGUGCUCGACGAUAGUAUUGGAAGUGCAAUUUGGUUCGCAGCUCAGGGUUCAGGAAAGGUUGAGGGGAAGGAUUAUUUAUCUCCGUGUAGAGUUCUCCUGGCUGGGAUGGGUAUUGAUGAACAGCUUGGAGGUUAUUCUAGACAUAGAUCACGGUUUCUGCGAGAAGGACUGCCGGGUUUAGAGGAUGAACUGAGAAUGGAAUUAUUAAGAAUAUCGGAGAGAAACCUGGGUCGCGAUAACAGAAUUGUGAGUGAUCACGGAGUAGCGGCCAGGUUUCCGUUCUUGGAUGAGAAUGUUGUCAGUUAUCUGAGCAGCCUGGAUACAGAGAUUAAGUGCAACUUGAACCUUCCUCGGGGGAUCGGAGAGAAGUUGGUUCUCCGUCUUGCAGCGCACAAACUCGGACUAGUGAAAACUGCAAGGGAGCCGAAGAGAGCUGUUCAGUUCGGUAGCAGAAUCGCAAAACUUGAGAAUAAAAAGGAGAAAGGAGCUGAUUUAGCAGUUCGGGAUUAGAUUAGAUUAUUUUUCAGAAAGACAAGAUCAUGUAAAAUGUCCUCUGAUGAUUGGACAGACUCAAUGCCCGGAAAUAUUAGCGGGUUUCUAGUGGAAGGAGAGACUAGGAACCAUGUUUCUCAGCCCAUUUGGGAAGUUUUAAGUAUUAGCGUUGGCAACAAUUUAAACAUUGACAUUGGACAAGAACCUUGUGAAGAUUUGGGUAUAAUCGAACCAGAAGAACGCAUGAACAGCAAUGCACCAGAUAUUCACGGAAAUAUGUAUAAAAUGAAGCUCAAAACUACCAGAGAUGUUUUCAGGCCGGAGUUAGAUAUUCUCUUCAAACCAUUAACUAGCGAUGUAUCUAAGGAAGAUAUUAAUGAGCUCCAACAACAGAUUGACUACGAUAAAGGUUUUAAUACUUCUCCUCAAUCCUUGUUCCUGGAUAGAUCAAGGAAUGUAAUGAACUCCGGUACCAAUUCUUUGGUUCCCAGCAACUGCGAUCUUUACAACUCAUCUAGUCUAAUGAAAGAAGAUCUGGAGAUCUGCUUAGAUAAUCCAGUUAUUGGUGAUGAAUUCUUCUCUUUAAAAUCUAGUCUCAGGUUGAUGAACGCUCCCUCUGCGCGGUAUGCUGAUCCUAAAAACUGGAUCCUGCAACCUGUCCUUCUCCGUCCUUCCACCCUUCAAACUCGACCUGACCGCUGUUACAAAGAGCGAGAGCGUCGUGUAGUAUUAUCCAUAGAACUGGAGAGGUUGCGUAAACUUCUCCCUAAACCUUCUCCAACCAGGAGAAUGAGUAUGAAUGAUACUCUUAUCUUAGCGAGAGAUUAUUGUCUUCAUCUCCAGGAAAGUGUGGAAGUGGCUGAAAAAGACAGACAGGAUUUGUUGCAUCACAGGCUGGAGCUGAUGAUUAAACUGCAGUUUACUCAACUUUGAUCUUGCAGA